AUGGCUCUCGCCCUUCCAGCCGGUGCCGCGGAAAUCAUUACCCGCAAAAAGGCGCUAUACUGCCGUCUCGCCGACACCAAUGACUGGGGCCUGGCCGACAAGGUCAUGUUACCCGACUUCGCCUUUACAGCUGUCGAUGAGGAUGAUAACAUCGUCAACAUCAAUGACACCGACUAUCAUUGGACCUCAUUGGCAGAUUGGGUGGCAUAUUUCAGCAGAAUCUUCGACUCAAUCCAAACGAUGCAUGUUGCUGGCUAUCCGGAGCUAGAGCUGGUGGCUUCAGACGAGAUCAAGGCCAUAUUCGGCGUAACCUAUCUGGUCGGUACCAAAGAGGCCAACAAAGGGGUGCAUGGUACUGGUGGAGGACACUAUUACGAGACUUGGAAGCUCAAGGAUGGCGAUUGGUUCCUGCAGAAGACUAAAUUUGUGAGAAUCUAUUGGAAAGAAAUGACACUGUAG